AUUGAAAUGUUAAAUGGUGAAAUAUCAAAACGUGAAUGUGAAUUAUACACCCUGCAAUCACGUUUAGAAAUGGUCGAUAAACAACAUCAAGAUCAAACACAUCAUAUUAAUGUACUGAAAGAGCAAGUGAAUACACGUGAACAUAAAAUUACCAUGUUAACAGCGGAU